GGAAAUUGAAAAACUAUCCUCUAUAUAGAGUAGUUGAGUAAAUGUAACGUGAGACACCGGAUAUCCAGCUUCAUGACUUUACCUGGGCAAACUGUUUACAGGUGCACUGAACUAAACCCAUCCGGACUCCACCUGACAGUCCCUCUCGGAGUCGUCCGGACUUGAGGGAGGAAUGGCGGCCCCUCGGAGUUUCCUCAUCACCCUCUCCGGUGUGUUCCUGGUGUUUUGUUCCUCCCGUGGAUCUACGACCUCCGGCACCAAGAGGGCGAACCAGGAGCGCUGCGGCUUCAAGGUGCAGUCUGAUGCCGAUGGGAGUCCCAGGCUGGCCGUCACCUUGAGAGCGGACAACUGCUCGUUGAACUACCCGCUGGGGAAACACGUGAUCCACGAGGUCGCCAACGUCUCCUUCAGCCACCUGGCCUGUGAGGAUCAGGCCGCCGUGGUCGUCCACUGGGCCGCCAGUCCGCUAGGAAUCGAACACAUUAAAGGCUUCCGGGUUUACCUGGAGGACAAGAACCCAGAAGGGAAACGGUGUCAGCAUCUCCUCCUCAAGGACCCUCGGCAGCUCAACUGCUCCUACAAGGACACGAAGCUGAGCAGCCAGCCGUUCGGCGGUCUGACCUUCGACACCGACUACAUGGUUCGCGUGGUUCCUUUCCCGACUCUGAUGAACGAGAGCUUCUUCCCUCCGUCCUUCCUCAGGACCAACUCGUGUGAAGUCCUCCUGGGAUCAGACAACCUGGUUUGCAAACCAUUCUGGAAGCCGAAGACCCUGAACGUGUCCCAGCUGGGGUCGAACCUCCACGUGGCGUUCGACCAGGCGCCGGCCUCCUUCGGCUUCCACUUCUACUUCCUGUUCUACAAGCUGCGGCAGGACGGACCCUUCAGACAGCAGCGCUGCAAACCGGAUGUGAACCAGCACAGAACUACGUGCGUCCUCCAGGACGUCACUCCGGGGACCUACGCUAUCGAGCUGAGAGACGACGGCAACACGACCAGGAGGCAAACUCAGUACCACGUCGGCCGGGUCCACUCCCCAUGGGCGGGGCCUAUCCGUGCCAUGGCCAUCACGGUGCCUCUGGUCCUCAUGUCGGCCUUCGCCACUCUCUUCACUGUCAUGUGUCGCAAGAAACAGCAAGAAAACAUCUACAGCCAGCUGGACGAGGAGAGCAGCGAGUCGUCCAAUCACAGCGCGGCGUUGAACGCGGAGCGGCCGUGGCCCCGCCCCAAAGUCUUCAUCUGCUACUGCAACCGAGACUGUCCCAAACACGUCGCCGUCAUCCAGAGCUUCGCCUACUUCCUGCAGGACUUCUGCAGCUGCGAGGUGGUUCUGGACCUCUGGGAACACCUGGAGAUGUGCAGGGAGGGUCAGAUGUCGUGGCUCAGCCGACAGCUGGACGAGGCCCACUUCAUCGUCACCGUCUGUUCCAAAGGACUACGCUACUACAUAGAGAAGAAGAGCCGCAGAGGGAAGACGCCAGUCAGCCGCCGAUGUAACGGCAGCAGCAGCUCUCCGAUUGGUGGAUCCGGCGGCGACCUGUUCAUUGUGGGCGUGGCCAUGAUCGCGGAGAAGCUGCGGCUGGCGAAGCAGAGCGAGGGGGGCGGAGCUCAGGAGCUGAACCGCUACAUGACGGUUUAUUUCGACUACUCCUCCGAGAACGACAUCCCCACCAUGUUGAGUCUGGCUCCCAGGUUCAAGCUGAUGGACCAGCUGCCUCAGCUCUUCAGCCGGCUCCACGCCGCUCAGUCCGGUUUGGCCGACCGCCGCGAGUCGCAGCCGCUCAACGUCUCCAGGAGGAACUACUUCCGGAGCCGGUCCGGACGCUCGCUCUACGUGUCCAUCUGCAACAUGCACCAGCACAUCAGCCAGAACCCCGAUUGGUUCGAGAAGCAGCUCUCCCCUCGUUCGGGGGGCGGUCCCUCGGCGGCCUCCUCCUCGAAGCGCCCUCCGUCCCCCGCCGCCCCGGGUCCGAGCCCUCCUCCGAAGCCCGCCGCCCCCCCCUCCGCCGAGGCUCAACCCGAGCAGAGGUGCGACUCCGGCGUGGUGCUGAACGAGGUGGUGGUGAACGCGCCGCCGUCCCCGGGGGGAGGGGAGGGAGCGGCGAGGAGGAACGUGCUCCUGCUGGCCCCCGGCUCCAGUCCCAGUCCCAGUCCGGGUCCCUGUCCCAGUCCGGGUCUGCCACACUGCUCUCUGUCCAUGCUGGGAUCCACUUCAAGGUCCACGUCUGGAUUAUCUGGACUGCUACCUGAAGAGUCCUCCUCCUCCUCCUCCUCCUCCUCCUCCGCUCCCUCCAUCCUCCAGGAGGGGUUGCGUCCUCUCCUCACACAGGCCGAAGAAGGCCACCGUUCCCCUCCGGAGGUCCCGCCCCCUCGCGAUUCGGGCAUCUACGAUUCGUCCGUCCUUUCCUCGGAGCUCUCCAUUCCCCUGAUGGACGGACUGUCACAUGACCAGGCCGACUCCUCCUCCCUGGCAGACAGCGAAUCGUCUUCUUCGGGGCUGGGAGACGAAGAGCCGCCCGCCGUCACGUCGCUCCUCUGCAGCGCCGCCACCGCCUGCAAAGCGGAGCUGCACCACCAUCACCACCUGGAGCACAGCGACGGACUCGCACCUGUGGCGUCGUUGUAG